AUGGGUGUAUAUCACGAUAUGGGUAUAUAUCAAGAUAAGGGUAUAUAUUGCGAUAUUGACAUAUAUCACUAUAUGGUAAUAUCACUAUAUGGUAUAUAUCAAGAUAUGGGUCUUUAUCACGAUAUGGGUCUUUAUCACGAUAUGGGUAUAUAUCAAGAUACGGGUAUAUAUAUCACUAUAUGGGUAUAUAUAUCACUAUAUGGGUAUAUUUAUCGCGAUCUUUGUAAAUAUCAAGAUAUGGGUAUUUAUCACGAUAUGGGUAUAUAUCAAGAUAUGGGUAUAUAUCAAGAUAUGGGUAUAUAUCGCGAUCUGCGUAAAUAUAGCGAUCUGGGUAAAUGUCAAGAUAUGGGUCUUUAUCAAGAUAUGGGUCUUUAUCACGAUAUGGGUAUAUAUCAUGAUAUUUGA